UUUCGCUCUGCAUAUCUACUGUGAAUUUUAAGUCAAUGACAAUCAAUCGAUAUCCCCUUAGAAAUGUUUUCAACUCAAGGGGAACAUUGAAGGCUUCCCAAGCAAUGAAGAGGGUAAUCCGACCAGUCCCAAACAGUCCACGCGUGACCGAAUUCUCAAAUUAUUCCAUUCUGAAAACGUAAAUGCAACCCCUUGGUCUUGAUGAACAUGGCAGUGAAAAAAAUUCCCGAGGAAAAGCAACCCAUGCCCAAAGUGGAGCCAUUCGGCAACAGGAAUUUCCUCUACACUGACCUCAUACCCGGGACACAUGCGCUAGUCCAAUUCACCAUCAACCAGAAAAAGUACACCCGGGUUUGCGUCAUCAUUCAGGAGCCCGACGAAGACGGCGACGUGGCUGUGGUCAAACUGCGGUGUCUCAACGAGACCCAAAGGUUCUUCUACAUCGACAGCCAGGACGCCAUCGACGUCAAGUUUGAGCAAAUCGUGGAAACUUACCCGUCACCCGAAGUUUUUCCCUCCAACGGAGUCACCCACUUUUACUACGCACAGCCCAUAGAAGUCUUCGAAGAAGGGUUCAACAUCCGACACUCGAAAUGAUGCAUGCAACUAACGAAACUAGCUCAUGCAGAAGCAUCACAGGGGAAAAAUAAGGCAAAUGCUUCCUUCCAAUGAACCAUCCUCCAGUUUUUAUCCAUCACCCAACAGCACACUCGCAAUAUCACUUCCUGCAGUUUGCAGAAACAUUUCUUCUCGAAGAAGCCAAUUCUUUUGUCUUGAUGUAAAACAAGUUAACGUGCGUAACACA